CCCCUGCCCUGGGCCAUGUCGUCCUCCGACGAGGAGACCCUCAGCGAGCGCUCCUGCCGGAGCGAGCGGUCGUGCCGGAGCGAGCGCUCCUACCGCAGCGAGCGCUCGGGCAGCCUCUCCCCCUGCCCCCCCGGGGACACCUUGCCCUGGAAUUUACCCCUCCAUGAGCAGAGGAAGAGGAAGAGUCAGGAUUCGGUGCUGGACCCGGCCGAGAGGGCUGUCGUCAGGGUCGCAGAUGAACGGGACAGAGUCCAAAAGAAAACCUUCACUAAAUGGGUCAACAAACACUUGAUGAAGGUGCGCAAGCACAUCAAUGACCUCUAUGAAGACCUGAGAGAUGGUCACAACCUCAUCUCCCUCCUGGAAGUGCUGUCGGGAGUGAAGCUGCCACGUGAGAAGGGGCGGAUGCGCUUCCACCGCCUGCAGAACGUGCAGAUUGCCCUGGAUUUCCUGAAGCAGCGACAGGUGAAACUGGUGAAUAUCCGCAACGAUGACAUCACAGAUGGCAACCCCAAGCUCACCCUGGGGCUCAUCUGGACCAUCAUCCUCCACUUCCAGAUCUCUGACAUCUACAUCAGCGGGGAGCUGGGGGAUAUGUCAGCCAAGGAGAAGCUCCUGCUGUGGACACAGAAGGUGACAGCAGGUUACAUCGGCUUGAAAUGCACCAACUUCUCCUCCUGCUGGAGCGAUGGCAAAAUGUUCAACGCCCUCAUCCACAGAUACAGGCCAGAUCUGGUGGACAUGGAGAGGGUGCAGCUGCAGAGUAACCGGGAGAACCUGGAGCAGGCCUUCGAGAUCGCCGAGCGCCUGGGGGUCACACGGCUGCUGGACGCCGAAGACGUGGACGUUCCCUCUCCGGAUGAGAAAUCCGUGAUAACUUACGUGUCUUCAAUCUACGAUGCCUUUCCCAAAGUCCCCGAGGGAGGAGAAGGGAUCAGCGCCAUCGAGGUGGAUUCGAGGUGGCUGGAGUACCAGACCCGUGUGGAGUCCCUCAUCUCGUGGAUCAAGCAGCACACGAUACUCAUGUCAGACAAAUCCUUCCCCCAGAACCCUGUAGAGCUAAAGGCACUUUAUAACCAGUACAUACACUUCAAAGAAACUGAAAUCCCAGCGAAAGAGCAGGAGAAAGGACAGAUAGAGGAGCUCUACAAACUGCUAGAGGUUUGGAUUGAAUUUGGACGCAUCAAGUUGCCCCAGGGCUACCACCCCAACGAUGUGGAGGAGGAGUGGGGCAAGCUCAUCAUCGAGAUGCUGGAGCGCGAGAAGCUCCUGCGGCCAGCGGUGGAGAGGCUGGAAUUGCUGCUACAAAUCGCCAACAAAAUCCAGAAUGGUGCUCUGAGCUGUGAAGAAAAGCUCACCCUGGCGAAGAACACGCUACAGGCUGACGCUGCUCAGCUGGAGUCGGGCCAGCCAGUGCAGUACGAGGCCGACGUGGUGGUGUACCUGCAGGAGUGCGAGGGGCUCCUCCGCCAGCUCCAGGUGGACGUGCAGAUCCUCCGUGACGAGAACUACUACCAGCUGGAGGAGCUGGUGUUCAGGAUCAUGAGGCUGCAGGACGAGCUGGUGACGCUGAGGUUGGAGUGCACCAACCUGUACAGGAAAGGCCAUUUCUCCACCCUGGAGCUGGUGCCCACGUCCACGCCGAGCACCACGCACCUGAAGGGCGAGUCCCUGACCAAGGGGCUCCACACCUCCUCGGCCUCCUGGUUCCGGAAGCCGAUGACCAGGACGGAGCUGGUGGCCAUCUCCUCCUCCGAAGAUGAAGGCAGCCUCCGCUUCGUCUACGAGCUGCUGGCCUGGGUGGAGGAGAUGCAGAUGAGGCUGGAGCGGGCAGAGUGGGGCACCGACCUGCCGAGCGUGGAAUCCCAGCUGGAGACCCAGAGGCACAUCCAUGCCAGCGUGGAGGACCUGGGCUCCAGCGUGAAGGAGGCCAGGAUGUAUGAGGGUAAAAUGUCUCCGAAUUUCCGCGCAAGCUACACGGAGACGCUGGGCAAGCUGGAGACUCAGUACUGCAAGCUGAUGGAAACCUCGAGCUUCAGGCUGAGGCACCUGCAGAGCUUGCAUGGAUUCGUGUCCCGGGCCACUGCUGAGCUGAUCUGGCUGAAUGAGAAGGAGGAGGAGGAGCUGGCCUACGACUGGAGUGACAACAACCCCAACAUUGCAGCCAAGAAGAAUUACUUCUCGGAGCUGACAGCAGAGCUGGAGGAGAAGCAGGACAUCUUCCGUUCCCUCCAGGACACGGCUGAGCUGCUCUCCCUGGAGAACCACCCGGCCAAGCAAACCGUGGAGGCCUACAGUGCUGCUGUGCACACCCAGUGGCAGUGGAUCAAGCAGCUCUGCCUGUGCGUGGAGCAGCACGUCAAGGAGAACGCUGCCUAUUUCCAGUUCUUCAGCGACGCCCGCGAGUCGGAGACAUACCUGCGGAACCUGCAGGACUCUAUCAAAAGGAAAUAUUCCUGCGACCACAGCACGAGCCUGACACGGCUGGAGGACCUCCUGCAGGACUCCAUGGAUGAGAAGGAGCAGCUGAUCCAGUCCAAGAGCUCGGUGGCCAGCCUGGUGGGACGGUCCAAAAGCAUCGUGCAGCUGCGGCCCAGGAACCCUGAGCAGGCUGUGAGGAGCACCACCAUCCCCAUCAGGGCUGUCUGCGACUACCGGCAGAUCGAGAUCACCAUCUGCAGGAACGACGAGUGUGUCCUGGAGGACAAUUCCCAGAGGACCAAGUGGAAGGUGAUCAGCCCCACGGGGAACGAGGCCAUGGUGCCUUCUGUCUGCUUCCUGAUCCCCCCACCCAACAAAGAGGCCAUCGAGGUGGCCAACAGGGUGGAGCAGCUGUACCAGAAAGUGAUGGCUCUCUGGCACCAGCUCCACAUGAACACAAAGAGCCUCAUCUCCUGGAACUACCUGAGGAAGGACAUAGCCCUGGUGCAGAGCUUCAGCUUGGAAAAGCUCAGAUCCUUGGCCCAGGGGGAGUGUCAGCAAGCCCUGAAGAGCCUGCAGGCCCACUACGAGGAUUUCCUGCAGGACAGCCGGGACUCAGAGCUCUUCUCCGUGUCGGACCGGCUGCGCUUGGAGGAGGAAGUGGAAUCUUCCAAGGAACACAUCCGGCAGCUGCUGGAGUCCAUGGAGAACGAAGACAAGGAUGAGACCCUUGCCAGGAGCUACCUGUCGGAGCUGAAGAACAUCCGCCUGCGGCUGGAGGAGUGCGAGCAGCGGCUCGUGAGCCGCAUCCAGUCCCCGAGCGGCGCCCGGGCCGACGGUGACACCAUCCAGGAAAACGCCAUCCGCAUGGCAGAGCAGGAGCGCACGCAGGCGGAUCUGCAGCAGCUGCAGUCGGAGCUGCGGGUUGUGUCCCAGAGGUGCUGCAGCUUCCUGGACAAAGCUCCUGCAGGGCCCAGCACGCCCCACCUGCGUUCAGAGCUGGACUUGGUGGUGAACAAGAUGGAGCAGACACAUGGGCUGUCUUCCACCUACCUGGAAAAGCUGAAGACGGUUGACAUCAUUAUCCGCAGCACCCAAGGAGCAGAGUCCCUGGUGAAAGGCUACGAGGUGAAGCUGAGCCAGGAGGAGGCUGUUCCUGCUGAUCUGGCAGCCAUUCAGACUCACAGGGCAGCCCUGCAGCAAUGGCUCGGCGAGGUGAAGGACAAGGGCUCCGUGUUCUCCACGCUGGAGGAGGAGAUGGCCAAGGCGAAGGAGGUGGGGGAGCAGCUGUUGAGGCUGAGGCAGGAGCGCAGCAUCGACCUGGAGCGCUUCCAGGAGAAGGGGAGCCAGCUGUGGGAUCGCUGGCAGCGAGCCUGCGCCCAGAUCGAGACCCGCCACACGGAGCUGGAGAGCAUCCAGGAGGUGCUGAGUGAUUACCGGCAGUGCCACAGAGCCCUGAUCCAGUGGAUUGAGGAGAUCACAGCCCAGCAGGAGCUGAUGAAGCCUGGCCAGGCUGAGGACAGCCGGGUGCUGUCGGAGCAGCUCAGCCAGCAAACGGCUUUGGCUGCAGAAAUUGAGAAAAACCAAGCCAAGCUGGACCAGUGUCAGAAAUUCUCCCAGCAGUACUCGGCCGCCGUCAAGGACUAUGAGCUGCAGCUGAUGACCUACAGGGCCUUCGUGGAGUCGCAGCAGAAGUCCCCCAUGAAGCGCCGGCGGAUGCUUUCCUCCUCAGAUGCCAUCACCCAGGAGUUCAUGGAUCUGAGGACUCGCUACACGGCCCUGGUGACACUCACCACCCAGCACGUGAAGUACAUCAGCGACGCGCUGCGGCGGCUGGAGGAGGAGGAGAAAGUGGUGGAGGAGGAGAAGCAGGAGCACGUGGACAAGGUGAAGGAGCUGCUGGGCUGGGCCCUGGGCUUGCAGCAGAGUGUGCAGGGCAGGACAGCUGCUGCUGGCAGCAGAGAGCUGGGAGACAUCGAGAAAUCCAUCUCAGAGCAGCAGGCCCUGAACGAGGAGCUGACUGCGAAGAAGGAGCAGGUCUCUGAGGCCAUCAAAACUUCCCAAAUCUUCCUGGCAAAACACAGCCACAAGCUUUCCCAACCAGAAAAGGACCAGAUUUCUGCUCAGAUUGGUGCUCUGAAGGAGACCUACCAGGCUCUCUGCAGCAACUCCACGGAGCAGCUCCAGCAGCUCCAGAGCCAGCUGGCUCAGGAGACAGAGCACAAGACCCUGCAGGAGCAGCAGGCAGCCCGGGCACAGAGCCUGGCCGAGCUGAGCCGCUGGCUGGGCCAAGCAGAGGACACGCUGGCAGAGCAGCAGAGAGCAGAGGGAGACCUGCCUGCCUUGCAGCAGAGGCAAAGCGAUGUUAAGGAGCUGCAGAGGAGCAUGCACAGCAGAGCCGCCUCCUUCGCCGGCCUCCUCAAGAGCACAGAGCAGUUUUUGGAGGAGAACAAAGCCAAGCUGGAGCCCGGGGAGCUGGCAGCACUGCAGCAGGACCUGCAGCGUGCCAAGGAGCAGUACCAGUCCCUGCAGGAGAGGACGGAGGUGGCCCAGAAGGAGCUGGAGAGUGCUGUGAGUGCUGCAGUGCAGCAGGAGACUGAGAAGGUGAAAGCUGCCAAAGAGCUGGAGGAGAACAGCAAUAAGAUCGAUUCCCUUUUGAGCUGGGUGGCAUCUCUGGAGCAGAAGGGAGGGCUCCCAGAGUACAGACCACACCCUGUCCAUCAAGGCACGGGGACACAAGCAGGAAAAAGCACUGGGGAUGUCCCUGACGGGCACCUUGUGGGAGCAGACCGUGCUGCUGAGAGCCUGGAUGAGCACUACGAGAGGCUGAAGGCGCAGCACCAGGAGCUGCUGUCGCAGCAGCAGGACGUGAUCCUGGCCUGGCAGGCAGCACAGGCUUUCCUGGACAGGCAGGGCCCCGGCGAGGAGCGGGAGCGGCUGCGGGCGCGGCUGGCGGAGCUCCGGGAGCGCUACCCGGCCUCGCUGGCGCGCGCCGAGGCGCGGCUGAAGCGGGCGCAGCUCCUGCGGGAGGAGCUGCAGAAGUUCCUGCGGGACCACGGCGAGUUCGAGGCCUGGCUGGAGCAGGCGGAGCGGGAUUUGCAAGGGAUGUGCCAAGGGGGCGGCGAGCCUGCCUCCCUCAGGCAGCUGCUGCAGCGCCAGGGCAGCUUCUCGGAGGAUGUCAUCUCCCACAAGGGUGACCUGCGCUUCGUCACCAUGUCGGGGGAGAAGUUUCUCGAUGGGGAUGCUGGGGAUGAUGAAUCCCAGCUGGAGAUGUCCAGGAGGGUGGUCAAGAGCAAGCUGGAGGAUGCCACGCAGAGAUACACCACACUGCACUCCAAGUGCUCCAAGCUGGGCUCCCACCUGAACACCUUGCUGGAUCACUACCAGCAGUUCCAGGAGGUGGCAGAGUCUCUCAGGACGUGGCUGCAGCAGAGUGAAGCUGCCCUCGGGAAGCUGCUCUCUGAGACGGUUUCCUCAGACCUGGCCGUGCUGCAGCAGCAGCUGGCCAGCACCAAGCAACUGCAGGGAGACCUGGCUGAGCACCAGGUGCCAGUGGAGAAGCUCCAGAAAGCAGCUCGGACCCUGCUGGACAUCCAAGGGGAGCCAGCCCCAGACCACGGCCACAUUCAGGAAACAACAGAUGCCAUCGUGAGCCGCUUCCAGAGGCUCUCCCAGCAGAUGUCCGAGCGCUCGGACCUGCUGCAGAAAUCCAUCGCCCAGUCCCAGAGCGUCCAGGAGAGCCUGGAGAGCCUCCUGCAGUCGGUGGCUGAGGUUGAGAAGAGCCUGGAGAAGGACCAGCCUGCUGUGCUCUCCUCUGCCUCCAUCCAGGACUCGCUUGCCACCAGUGUGAAGCUGAAGCAGGACAUUGCCAGGCAGAGGAGCUGCCUGGAAGCCACCCGGGAGAUGGUGACACGUUUCACAGAGGCGGCCGACAGCCCCGCGGCCUCUGCCCUGCAGGACAAGCUGGCCCGGGUGACAGAGCGCUUCGGGAGGCUGUGCCAGCAGCAGCAGGAGAGGGAGGACGCCCUCAAGGGCCUCCUCCCCACCGUGGAGCAGUACGAGCAGCUGUGGGAGAGGCUGCAGCAGUUCACCGAGAGCAGGACGCGGAUGUUGGCGGCCGGGAAUCAGCCGGACCACGACAUCGCCCACUUCUCCCAGCACAUCCAGGAGCUGAAUUCGGAGAUGAGGCAGCACCAGGAGGACCUGGCCACCCUGGAGCACCUGGCCGAGGAGCUGAGCUCCUGUGGCUUCGCCCCCGGCGCCUUCCAGCAGCAGGAGAAGCUGCAGAGUCUGAAGAAAGAUUUCCUGCAGCUACAAAAGGUGGCAAAAGACAGAGAAAAGGAUGCAUCAUCCUGCCAGGAGCAACUGGAUGAGUUUCGGGAUCUGGUUGGCGCCAUGAGGAAGUGGCUGAGGGAGAGCGAAGGCAAAAUUCCACCUGCCGAGACCUCCCUGGGCACCCAGGAGCUGCAGCAGCACAGGCAGCAGGUCCAGGAUCUCCUGGAGGAAUGGAAGGGGAAGGAGCCCCAGGUGGAGGAGAUUGGCCGCAGAGGGACCCUCCUGGAGAACCUGAUCGUGGAGAUCACGGCCCCCAGCACCCCGCCCAAGGCAGGUGCCACUCUGCCCACUCCAGGAGGCUCAGGAGGCAGCGUGAACGGAUACCACACGUGCAAAGAUCUGACGGAGAUCCAGCGCGACGUGUCGGAGGCGAGGCGGCGGUACCAGGCGCUGGGCGCGGCGCUGCGGGAGCGCCAGCAGCAGCUCUCGGCCAUGCUGGACAGGAUGCAGGAGGUGCAGGAGGAGGCCAGCUCCAUGCUCCAGUGGCUGGAGUCCAAGGAAAGGAUGCUGUCCGAGCUGGAGGCCUCCUCCUCGCCCACCAAGACGGAGACGAUGAGAGCCCAGGCUGAGCACAACAAGGCAUUUCUGGCUGAAUUGGAACAGAAUUCUGGGAAGAUCCAGAAGGUAAAGGAAGCACUUUCUGGCUUGCUGGAGAAAUAUCCAGAUUCCCCAGAAGCAGCGAACUGGAAGAAGAUGCAGGAAGACCUGAAUUGCAGGUGGGAGAGGGCCAGCCAGGCCACGGCCGCGCGGCAGCAGAAGCUGGAGGAGUCGGCCAGCCAGCUGGCCACCUUCCAGGCCACCGAGGCCCAGCUGCGGCCCUGGCUGAUGGAGAAGGAGCUGAUGAUGAGUGUGCUGGGCCCCCUCUCCAUCGACCCCAACAUGCUGAACGCUCAGAAGCAGCAGGUGCAGUUUAUGCUGAAGGAAUUCGAAGCUCGCCGACAACAGCACGAGCAGCUCAACCAGGCAGCUCAGAGCAUCCUGACUGGCCCGGGAGAUGUUUCCCCAUCCACCAGCCAGGUGCGGGAUGAGCUCCAAGGGGUCAACCAGAAAUGGUCCGAGCUCACCGAGCGCCUCAACUCCCGCUCCAGCCAGAUCGACCAAGCCAUAGUAAAGAGCACCCAGUACCAGGAGCUUCUCCAGGGCCUCUCAGAGAAGGUGAAGGCUGUGGGGCAGCGCCUGAGCAGCCAGUCUGCCAUCAGCACCCAGCCUGAUGCUGUCAAACAGCAGCUGGAGGAGACCAGUGAGAUCCGCUCGGACCUGGAGCAGCUGGAAGAGGAGAUCUCGGAGGCUCAGACCCUCUGUGAUGACCUCUCCGUCCUGAUUGGGGAGCAGUACCUCAAAGAUGAGUUGAGGAAACGUCUGGAGACGGUGGCACUUCCCCUCAAAGGGUUGGAGGAUCUGGCAGCCGACCGGAUGAACCGACUGCAGACUGCGCUCGCCAGCUCCCAGCAGUUCCAGCACAUGUUUGAUGAACUCAGGACCUGGCUGGAUGACAAAAGGUGCCAGCAAGCCCAGAGCCAACCCAUCUCUGCUAAACUGGAGAGGCUGCAGAGCCAAAUCCAGGAGCAAGAAGAGUUCCAGAAGAGCCUCAACCAACACAGCGGCUCCUACGAGAUGAUCGUGGCCGAGGGAGAAUCUUUGCUGCUCUCAGUCCAGCCUGGGGAGGAGAAGACCACUCUGCAGAACCAGCUGGUCAGCCUGAAAACACACUGGGAGGAGCUCAGCAAACAGGCUGCUGACAGGCACUCCAAGCUCAAGGACUGCUUGCAGAAAGCUCAGAAGUACCAGCGGCACGCGGACGAUCUCCUGCCCUGGGUGGAGGACUGCAAGGCGAGGAUGGCAGAGCUGGAGGUAACCCUGGAUCCAGUGCAGCUGGAGGCCACUCUUCUGAGGUCCAAGGCCAUGCUGAGUGACGUGGAGAAGCGCCGGUCCCUGCUGGAGAUGCUCAACAGUGCUGCUGACAUCCUGACUGACGCUUCCCAGACGGACGAGGAUGACAUCCGGGAUGAGAAGGCCAGCAUCAAUCAGAAGAUGGAUGCCAUCACGGAAGAGCUGCAAACCAAGACUGGCUCCAUUGAAGAAAUGUCCCAGAGGCUCAAGGAGUUCCAGGAGAGCUUCAAGAACAUCGAGAAGAAGCUGGAAGGGGCCAAGCACCAGCUGGAGAUCUACGAUGCCCUGGGGCCACAAGCCUGCAGCAACAAGAAUUUGGAGAAGCUCAGGGCACAGCAGGAGGUGCUGCAGACCCUGGAGCCACAAGUGGAUUACCUGAAAAACCUCACUCAGGGUCUGGUAGAAGAUGCUCCAGCUGGAUCCGACUGCUCCCAGCUCUUAAGCCAAGCUGAGGUGGCUCAGCAGGACUUCAAGGCUGUGAAGCAGAAAGUCAACGACUGCUGUGCUCUCAUGGAAAACAAGCUGGAAGGGAUCGGCCAGUUCAACAGCAGGGUCAGGGAGAUGUUCUCCCAGCUGGCGGAUCUGGAUGACGAGCUGGACAGCAUGGGCCCCAUCGGCAGAGACUCGGACAGCCUCCAGUCCCAGGCCGAGGACGUCCGCGCCUUCCUGGGCAAGCUCCAGCGGCUGAGAAGCGACAUGGAAUCCUCGGAGAGCGAGUGCAGGAAGAUGCUGGAGGACGAGGGCAGCCCCGACCUGCUGGGGCUGAAGCGGGAGCUGGAGACGCUGAGCAAGCAGUGCAGCAAGCUGACGGAGAGGGGCAGGAGCCGGCAGGAGCAGGUGGAGACCACCCUGUCCCGCGUCGAGGACUUCUACAGCCGCCUGAAGGAGCUGAGCCGCAUGACGGCGGCGGCCGAGGAGAGCGAGGCCUUGCAGGGGGUGGUGGGGACAGAGGUGGAAACCAUCAACCAGCAGCUGGCCGACUUCAAGCAAUUCCAGAAGGAGCAAGUGGAUCCCCUCCAGCUGAAGCUGCAGCAAGUCAAUGGAGUUGGUCAGGGACUCAUCCAAAGCGCCGGGAAAAACUGUGAUGUCCAAGGGCUGGAGCAUGACAUGGAAGACAUCAACACCCGCUGGAACACCCUCAACAAGAAGGUGGCCCAGCGGGUGGCUCAGCUGCAGGAGGCCCUGUUGCACUGCGGGAAGUUCCAGGACGCCCUGGAGCCGCUGCUGAGCUGGCUGGCAGACACCGAGGAGCUCAUCUCCAACCAGAAACCUCCCUCCGCCGAGUACAAGGUGGUGAAAGCCCAGAUCCAAGAGCAGAAGCUGCUCCAGCGCCUCCUGGACGAUCGCAAAGCCACGGUGGAGAUGAUCCAGGCUGAGGGCGACAGGAUCGCGCAGGCGGCCGAGCCCGCGGACCGGGACAAGAUCGUGGGGCAGCUGGAGAGCCUGGCACGGCGCUGGGAAGGGCUGCUGGGCAGGGCAGCUGCCAGGCAGAAGCAGCUGGAGGAUAUCUUGGUGCUGGCAAAGCAGUUCCAUGAAACCACGGAGCCCGUGUCCGACUGGCUGUCGGUGACAGAGAAGAAACUGGCCAACUCUGAGCCCAUUGGUACCCAGACUGCCAAAAUCCAGCAGCAGAUCAGCCGCCACAAGGCUCUCGAGGAAGAGAUAGAGAGCCACGCCACCAACGUGUCUCGGGCGCUGGGGGUCGGGCACUCGCUGUCCUCCCUGAGCUGUGCUGCUGAGCAGAGGCUGCUGGCAGAGAAAUUAGAGGCUCUGCAGAGCCGCUACGGUGAGGUCCGCGAGCGGUGCGGCCGCAAGGCAGCACUGCUGGACCAGGCUCUGGCCAACGCCAGGAUUUUUGGGGAGGAGGAGGUGGAAGUGCUCAACUGGCUGGCUGAGGUGGAGGACAAGCUGGGCUCAGUGUCCAUAAAGGAUUACAAACGGGACGUCCUGCAGAAGCAGCAUGCCGACCAGCUGGCUCUGAAUGAGGAAAUUGUGAAUAGGAAGAAGAACGUGGACCAAGCCAUUAGAAAUGGACAAGCUCUCCUGAAGCAAACCACAGGGGAGGAGGUGCUGCUGAUCCAGGAGAAGCUGGAUGGAAUCAAGACCCGCUACUCCGACAUCACCGCCGCCAGCUCCAAGGCCCUGCGCACGCUGGAGCAGGCCCGGGGUGGUGUAGAUGGUGUGAAACUGCAGCAGGAGCCACGAGGGCAGCGUGGAGUCAGAAACCUGAGCCCCACCCCAGUGUCCCCCUUCUCCUCCACACGCCAGGACGAGGUGUUGGUCCCUGCUGGGUCCCUCUGUGAUUGCCCCUGUCCCCAGCUCGUUCCCCCUGUGUACUCCAUCCCUGACCACUGUCCCUCCUCUCCCCUGUGCCAGUACGAGCAGGCAGCUGAUGCAGAGCUGGCCUGGGUGGCUGAGACCAAGAGGAAGCUGAUGGCUCUGGGUCCCAUCCGCCUGGAGCAGGACCAGACGACGGCUCAGCUGCAGGUGCAGAAGGCGUUUUCCAUCGACAUCAUCCGGCACAAAGACUCCAUGGACGAGCUGUUCAGCCAGCGCAACGAGAUCUUUGGCACCUGCGGUGAGGAACAAAAAGCUCUUCUCCAGGAGAAAACCGAGUCCCUGGUGCAGCAGUAUGAGGCUGUGAGCCAGCUCAACUCGGAGCGCUACGCCCGCUUGGAGCGUGCCCAGGUCCUGGUCAACCAGUUUUGGGAGACCUACGAGGAGCUGAAUCCGUGGAUUGAGGAGACCCAAGCCCUCAUCUCCCAGCUGCCACCCCCAGCCAUCGACCACGAGCAGCUCAAGCAGCAGCAGGAUGACAUGAGGCAACUGAGAGAGUCCAUCGCUGAACACAAACCUCACAUCGACAAGCUGCUGAAAAUCGGGCCCCAGCUCAAGGACCUCAACCCCGAGGAAGGGGAGAUGGUGCAGGAAAAAUACUCCAGGGCUGAGGCCUUGUAUGCCAAAAUCAAGGAGGAGGUUUGCCAGCGGGCCCUGGCCCUGGAUGAGGCAUUCUCACAAUCCACCCAGAUUUCGGAGUUCCACGACAAGAUCGAGCCCAUGCUGGAGACCCUGGAGGGCCUCUCCUCCCGCCUGCGCCUGCCGCCCCUGAUCCCCGCCGAGGUCGACAAGAUCCGGGAGUGCAUCAGCGAGAACAAAAACUCCACGGUGGAGCUGGAGAAGCUGCAGCCCUCCUUCGAGGCCCUCAAACGCCGUGGGGAGGAGCUCAUCGCCCGCUCUCAGGGAGCAGACAAGGACCUGGCAGCCAAAGUCAUCCAGGACAAGUUGGAUCAGAUGGUUUUCUUCUGGGAAGACAUCAAAGCUCGCACCGAGGAGCGCGAGAUGAAGUUCCUUGAUGUCCUGGAGCUUGCGGAGAAGUUCUGGUACGACAUGGCAGCGCUCCUGACAACCAUCAAGGACACCCAGGACAUUGUCCACGACCUGGAGAGCCCAGGCAUUGACCCCUCCAUCAUCAAGCAGCAGGUGGAAGCAGCAGAGACUAUCAAGGAGGAGACAGACGGGCUGCACGAAGAGCUGGAGUUCAUCCGCCUCCUCGGGACCGACCUGAUCUUUGCCUGCGGUGAGACUGAGAAGCCAGAAGUGAAAAAGAGCAUUGAUGAGAUGAACAACGCGUGGGAAAACCUAAACAAAACAUGGAAGGAGAGGCUGGAGAAGCUGGAGGAAGCCAUGCAGUCAGCUGUGCAGUACCAAGACACGCUCCAAGCCAUGUUUGACUGGCUGGACAACGCCGUGAUCAAACUGUGCAACAUGUCCCCUGUGGGCACCGACCUCAGCACGGUGAAGGAGCAGAUGAACGAGAUGAAGGAGUUUAAAAUGGAGGUUUACCAGCAGCAGAUUGAGAUGGAAAAGCUUAAUCACCAAGGUGAACUGAUGCUAAAAAAGGCUACGGAUGAGACAGACAGAGACAUCAUCAAGGAGCCACUGACAGAGCUCAAACAUCUCUGGGAGAACUUGGGCGAGAAAAUUGCUCACAGACAGCACAAGCUGGAAGCCGCCCUGCUGGCGCUGGGCCAGUUCCAGCACGCCCUGGCCGAGCUGAUGGCCUGGCUGACCCACACCGAGGAGCUGCUGGAUGCCCAAAAACCCAUCAACGGGGACCCCAAAGUCAUCGAGGUUGAACUUGCGAAGCACCACGUGCUGAAGAACGACGUCCUGGCCCACCAAGCGACCGUGGAGACAGUGAACAAAGCAGGGAACGAGCUGCUGGAGUCGAGUGCAGGGGAUGAUGCCAGCAGCCUGCGGAACCGCCUGGAGAAGCUGAAUUCCUGCUGGGAAUCCGUGCUGCAGAAAACAGAGGAGAGGGAGCAGCAGCUGCAAUCCACGCUCCAGCAGGCUCAGGGUUUCCAUGGUGAGAUUGAAGACUUCCUCCUGUGGCUAACGAGGAUGGAGAGCCAAUUGUCGGCAUCGAAACCCACAGGAGGUCUGCCAGAAACUGCCCGGGAGCAGCUCAAUGCCCACAUGGAGCUGUACAGCCAGCUCAAAGCCAAGGAGGAUGUCUACAGCCAGCUGCUGGCCAAGGGGAGGCUGAUGCUGCUCAACCGCGACGAUUCCGGCUCCAGCUCCAAGACAGAGCAGAGCGUGGCCCUGCUGGAGCAGAAAUGGUGCCUGGUCAGCACCAAGAUGGAGGAGAGAAAGGCGAAGCUGGAGGAGGCAUUGGCCCUGGCCACGGACUUCCAGAACUCCCUGCAGGAUUUCAUCAACUGGCUGACCCUGGCUGAGCAGAGCCUGAACGUUGCACCCCCGCCCAGCCUCAUCCUGGCCGCGGUGCUGGCCCAGAUCGACGAGCACAAGGUGUUCGCCAACGAGGUGAACGCGCACCGGGAUCGCAUCAUCGAGCUGGACCAGAGUGGGAACCAGCUGAAGUUCCUCAGCCAGAAGCAGGACGUGGUGCUGAUCAAGAACCUGCUGGUCAGCGUCCAGUCCCGCUGGGAGAAGGUGGUGCAGCGCUCGGUGGAGCGGGGCCGGGCUCUUGACGACGCCAGGAAGAGAGCCAAGCAGUUCCACGAAGCCUGGAAGAAGCUGAUUGACUGGCUGGAGGAUGCAGAGAAUCACCUGGACUCAGAGCUGGAGAUCUCCAAUGAUCCUGACAAAAUCAAGCUCCAGCUCUCCAAACACAAGGAGUUCCAGAAGACUCUGGGUGGGAAGCAGCCUGUGUAUGACACCACCAUCAGGACAGGCAGAGCCCUCAAAGAAAAAGCCUUGCUUUCAGAUGACACUCAAAAGCUGGACAAUUUGCUGGGAGAAGUCCGGGAUAAGUGGGACACGGUGUGUGGGAAAUCCGUGGAAAGGCAGCACAAGCUGGAGGAGGCCCUGCUGUUCUCUGGGCAGUUCAUGGAUGCGCUGCAGGCUCUGGUGGACUGGCUCUACAAGGUGGAGCCCCAGUUAGCUGAGGACCAGCCUGUCCACGGGGACCUGGAUCUGGUCAUGAACCUGAUGGACGCUCACAAGGUGUUCCAGAAGGAGCUGGGGAAGCGCACGGGGACCGUGCAGGUGCUGAAGCGCUCGGGCCGGGAGCUCAUCGACAACAGCCGGGACGACACCACCUGGGUGAAGGUGCAGCUGCAGGAGCUCAGCAACCGCUGGGACACGGUGUGCAAGCUCUCUGUGUCCAAGCAAACCCGCCUGGAGCAGGCCCUGAAGCAGGCUGAGGAGUUCAGGACAGCCGUGCACAUGCUGCUGGAGUGGCUCUCGGAAGCCGAGCAGUCCCUGCGAUUUCGGGGAGCGCUGCCGGACGACGCCGAGGCCCUGCAGGCCCUCAUCGAUGCCCACAAGGAGUUCAUGAAGAAAGUGGAGGAGAAGAGGGUGGACGUGAACGCGGCGGUGGCGAUGGGCGAGGUCAUCCUGGGCGCCUGCCACCCCGACUGCAUCACCACCAUCAAGCACUGGAUCACCAUCAUCCGAGCCAGGUUCGAGGAGGUUCUCACGUGGGCAAAGCAGCACCAGCAGAGGUUGGAGUCGGCGCUUUCCGAGCUGGUGGCCAAUGCAGAGCUUCUGGAGGAGCUCCUGGCUUGGAUCCAGUGGGCUGAGACCACCCUGAUCCAGCGGGACCAGGACCCCAUGCCCCAGAAUAUUGAUCAGGUCAAAGCGCUCAUCUCCGAACACCAGUCCUUUAUGGAGGAGAUGACACGGAAACAGCCGGACGUGGACCGGGUGACGAAAACUUACAAAAGAAAAGCGACUGAGCCUCCCCACGGGCCCUUCAUCGACAAAUCCCGCAGCAACAGGAAGUGCUUGGGGCAGGCUGCUCCCCCCAGCAUGCCCAUUAUCUCCCAGUCUGAAACCAAGAAUCCCAGGAUAAACCAGCUCUCAGCCCGCUGGCAGCAGGUCUGGCUGCUGGCCCUGGAGAGGCAGAGGAAGCUCAACGAUGCCCUGGACAGGCUGGAGGAGUUGAAGGAGUUUGCAAACUUCGACUUUGAUGUCUGGAGGAAGAAGUACAUGCGCUGGAUGAACCACAAGAAGUCCCGGGUGAUGGAUUUCUUCCGGCGCAUCGACAAGGACCAGGACGGGAAGAUCACCCGGCAGGAAUUCAUCGACGGCAUCCUGGCUUCCAAAUUCCCCACCACGAAGCUGGAGAUGACGGCGGUGGCCGAUAUCUUCGACCGCGACGGUGACGGCUACAUCGACUACUACGAGUUUGUGGCCGCCCUGCAUCCCAACAAGGACGCCUACAGACCCACCACUGAUGCUGACAAGAUCGAGGAUGAGGUCACCAGGCAAGUGGCCCAGUGCAAGUGUGCCAAGAGAUUCCAAGUGGAGCAGAUCGGCGAGAACAAAUACCGGUUCGGCGACUCCCAGCAGCUGCGGCUGGUCCGGAUCCUGAGGAGCACGGUCAUGGUCCGUGUGGGUGGAGGAUGGAUGGCCCUGGACGAGUUCCUAGUGAAGAAUGACCCGUGCAGAGCACGAGGACGGACCAACCUGGAGCUGCGGGAGAAGUUCAUCCUGCCCGAAGGAGCCUCGCAGGGAAUGACCCCGUUCCGCUCGCGGGGCCGGAGAUCCAAACCUUCCUCCCGGGCUGCCUCCCCGACCCGCUCCAGCUCCAGCGCCAGCCAGAGCAACCACAGCUGCGCCUCCAUGCCCUCCUCUCCGGCCACUCCGGCCAGCGGAGCCAAGGUGACCCCCUCGGCGGGCAGCAAGCUGAAGCGCCCCACCUUCCACUCCAGCAGGACCUCCCUGGCUGGGGACACCAGUAACAGCUCCUCACCCGCCUCGACAGGUGCCAAAGCCACUCGGGCAGACCCCAAGAAAGCAGCCAGCCGUCCCACGAGCCGCGCCGGGAGCCGCGCCGGGAGCCGGGCCAGCAGCCGCCGGGGCAGCGACGCCUCCGACCUGGACGUGCUGGAGACGCAGUCGGCGUGCUCGGACACCUCGGAGAGCAGCGCGGCCGGCGGGCAGGGCUCGCGCCGCGCCGCCGCCAAACCCUCCAAAAUCCCCACCAUGUCCAAGAAAACGCCCGCUGCCACCCCGAAAACGCCCGGCCCCAAGAGAUAAUACUGUACCCGCCGCCCUCCC